AUGGCCAAGAGAACCGCUCCUGCCACCAGCGCCACUGGUCCUGCGUUCCCACCACUCGGACUCGUGGUCGGUCCAGGUGCGCCGGCAGCUAACUCUUUCCACCAUGGCUCGCAUUCCUUUUCCAACUCUCAUAACGCCGCCAGCUCCCCAACUCCAGAUCCGCCUCCUGCUGCCAACGGUCUACCACCAGCGCCCAACAAGUUCGAUGUCAGCCAAGCGCAGCAGUGCCGCUUGCAAGAUGCUUAUUGGUCAGACGAGGAGGAAGAUAUGGACUGUCCCUUGUGCUUGGAAGAGAUUGACCUUUCGGACGCCAACUUCAAACCGUGCCCCUGUGGAUACCAGAUCUGUCGCUUCUGCUGGCAUCACAUCAAGCAGAAUCUCAAUGGUCGUUGUCCCGCAUGUCGUCGAAAAUACUCGGAUCAGACGGUCGAGUUCAAGCCUAUGACGGCAGAAGAGAUCAAGCGACUCACCCAGGCCAAAAAGCAAAAGGAAAGGGAAAAAAAAGAACUCGAGUCAAUGAAUCGCAAGCACCUCGCCAACAUGCGUGUGGUGCAAAAGAACCUUGUCUACGUCGUAGGCCUAAGCUCCAAACUUGCCAAGGAGGAGCUUAUUCCCACCCUCCGCAGCAACGAGUACUUUGGACAGUACGGACGCAUCUCCAAGAUCCUCAUCAGCAAGCGCAACACCGCCUCCAGGCUCGUCAUGGGCACCUCCGAGACCGCUCUUGGCGUCUAUGUCACCUAUCACCGCAAGGAGGAUGCAGCCAAGGCCAUUGUCGCCAUCGACGGAAGCAAAGGCAGCGAUGGUAGGGUCAUUCGCGCCAGUUAUGGAACCACAAAGUACUGCACCACGUAUCUGCGCAAUCUGCCCUGCACCAACCCCGGCUGCACCUACCUGCACGAACCUGGAGAAGAGGCUGACAGCUUCACAAAAGAGGACCUCUCCACAUUACGCCACGCCGCCAAAGACGCCGAACACAAGAUCAAGCCAGCAUCGCUCGGAAUCACUCAGCCGCCAAAACGUUCCGAAUUUCUCACCACCAACGACGCCGAAUCGUCUGCGCUCCCCAAAACCGCAUCGUGGGCAUCGGGCAAGCCCAUGUCGGUGGCGUCUUCGCCUGCUCCUAUCGUAGCAGCCAGUCCCUUCCGCGAUUCGGACAUGCCGCCGCUUUCGGCCAGCUCAGCAUCAGCUUUGGCGAGAAAGGUCAGCUCGCAAAAGCCAUCGACGCCCAAGGCCCAAAAGCAGCUUCCCAAUGCCAAGUCCAAGCUUGCUCUCGCCACUGGACGACCAGACUCACCAGCCUUGCUCGGCACCGACUCACCUAGUCAAUCGCAGCCUUCCUCCCCCGUUCCGAGCAGGACGGUGGCCACACCAUCGACGGCCAACGACUCCGGACCGACUACAUCAGUGACAGGUGCCGUAGCAGCAGCAGGUACACCUAGAAAAGAAACUACAACGACAGCAGCACCCAAAAGAUCGACAAUCGACGCUGGAAUCCCUCCGCCUCACGCGCUUGUCAAGCCAUCGUCGCCUCCUGGCUUGGCAAGGUCGGCAUCGACUACAGACUCGCGUCCGGCGACGCCGCACACCGAAAGCGAUCAUCCCAGGUCCAACUACCAGCCCUCCUCCAGCGCCCAGGCCGUGCUCGACGAUAUGCUGCAGAGGCGAGAGGCGCAACCCGAGAUUGUCAAACCCAGUCCCUUUCCAGACUUUGACGACGCGCUCUCCAGCUUUAAAGACGGCGAGUUUUCGUUCAAUCUGCCCGCCAAUCAGCAGCUGGCCAUCAACAAUACACCCUCGGAGCUUACCAGCGCUUUCACCACCUUCAACCCCUUUGGCGCGCCUCCCGGAAUCCUGGCUGCCCACGCUGGCCUUGUCACCGCCGGUACGCCGCCACCCGGCAUCGUUCGAGCUCCCAACCGCAGCUCGACUGCCUCUCCAGCUCCGCUCAGCUACUCGGGCUCGUUCGAUCCCUUUGCUCCCGGCGCCGGCGAGACGAUCAAGGAGGGUGGCAGCUCGUUCGCUGACAGCACGUAUCCAGUGUCGUUCGACUUUGCGGAUCAGACCAGGAGGAUGAUGGGUCAAGACAAUCUUGCUGCCAGUGGCAUGGGAGGUCUGGUACACGAUGAGACCCUUGACUUGGGCCAAGACGCCUCGAAACGCGCCUCGCGCUUCGAUUUUGCCAAGCGAAAGGAGUCGGACUCGUUUAUCAGUGCUUCUCCGCUGCGCACCGAAUUGAUGCAGAGUGUACGUGAUGGCGAGAGCUUCGGAGCUGGAAAGGACGUGACCAGCCUGUUGGGCGGCGUGUUCGACCAGGAGAAUCGAUUGAAUGGAAUCGGCGAUGUUGGAGCCUCGGCGGCAGCCAUUGGAUUGCACGGCCGCGAGACUGGUGGCUUCCCUGGAAUGGGCAUGUCCCGACCUCCUCCCGGUAUUGGCGGUCCUGGAUUCGGAGGCCGUUUCGGUACCAACACGCCACCUCCGGGCAUCUCUGCGCCUGCCAGCCGCCAGCAACAAGCUUUGCUAGCCUCGUUACACCAAAUUGGUAGCGGCAACCUUGGCAAUGCUUCUGAUUCGCAACAGCAACAGCAACAGCAACAGCAGCAGUCAUCUCAGCUUUCAAACGGCAGCGGCGUCAGCUUUCUCGCAGAACUUCAACAGCAGGCAGCGCAACGAGCACAGCAGCAAGCGCAAUUCGCAGCUGGCAGAGACCUUUCAGAGACGGGUCGAGCCAACGGCAUUGGCAAUGCCAAUGUUUCCGAUCCACUUCUGGCUCACUUGCUUGCUGGGCGUCGUGCCAACUACGGAGGCCAAUCUGGAGGAUCCGACAUGCCGUUCAACGAUCCAGCGAUCAUGUCGAUGAGCCGAGCUCAGAUUCAGGCAGCUCAGCAACAGCAGCAGCAGCAGCAGCAAUUUGGUGGUAACCGUUACGGCACCGGCAUGGGCGGAUUCGGCGUCUCUUCCUUUUCGCCGUUUGAUCAGAUGAACAACGCCAAUGCAGGCUUUGGAUCUGCAUCGCAGUAUGGCGAUCAUCAUCGUUUUGUGCAACAGCAGCAGCAGCAGCAGCAAGGCCAAGGGCAGGCGUCUCCUUAUUCCAACAUGUCCUGA